CGCUGUAGGAAAAGUCAGGCUUCUAAAUCGAGCAAUGACUAAUCGCUCAUCUGCUAUUCCUCGGCCCAACUGAGAGGAGCAAACUCCGUCAUGUGUGCUGCGUUAAAAUGAGCACCUUUUGUAUUUUCCCGGCACUUUAUAGAGUAUUUUUUUGCAGAGCAAAAUUCGUGUGUGUUGUUUUUCAGCGGCCGGUAUGAACGGAAACAAAAUGCGCUGAGAGUUUAGUCGCUUGCUAGCUGGACGUAGCUAAUUGCUAACGUGUUGCUAACGGCUAGCCGUUUGGGUUCUGAAGCGUCACUGCAGUUUGUAAAUGUGUCUUUAAGAUAUCCGCCUACGAAAGAAAUGAUCUGUAAUCUAUAUUUAUAGCCGUCUGCUCAGUCUGGGGAUAAAUGGCGAUGAUAAAUAAAUUUACAUGUAGUCGUGAAUGUUGACACUCUGCAGUGUAGCUUGCCACCUGAUACUGUUUGCUACCUGUGCGGUGAGUACGCUGCUAGCCACGUAAACUGCUCCUGCUGGUGUUGACGUAGCAGGAGCAGCUAGCUCGCCUGUCCCGUCUAGGUAGUUACAUUUUGUGUGAAAUAGGGCUGCCAAGUCAUUGCCAGACUGCCUCACAAACCAAAACAUCCCAAAGACCGAACUCCACCGAGGACAUGAGCAGUUGUAACUCAAAAUGCUAUAGCUGGACUUGAACGAGUGGCUCGUUGGUUUCCCUGGAUGAUGAAGCGGGUCAUCUGGCUGAUAUCAGGAUUAAACAGAAGAAUGAUGAAGCUACUUUUUGCCCUCGCUCUGAUCGCCUACAUUGCCUCUGUCUGGGGAACAUAUACAAACAUGAGAUCAAUACAAGAACACGGAGAAAUGAAGAUUGAGCAGAGAAUUGAUGAAGCUGUGGCUCCUCUCAGAGAGAAGAUUCGUGAUCUUGAACAAAGUUUUUCUCAGAAAUACCCACCUGUCAAAUUCCUGUCAGAAAAGGAUCGGAAGAGAAUUUUGAUUACUGGUGGUGCUGGUUUUGUGGGUUCCCACCUCACAGACAAACUGAUGAUGGAUGGCCAUGAGGUAACUGUGGUGGACAACUUCUUCACGGGGAGGAAAAGGAAUGUGGAGCACUGGAUUGGCCACGAAAACUUUGAGCUCAUCAAUCAUGAUGUGGUGGAGCCUCUUUAUAUUGAAGUGGACCAAAUCUAUCACCUGGCAUCUCCAGCCUCUCCUCCCAACUACAUGUAUAAUCCCAUCAAAACUCUCAAGACCAACACCAUUGGCACACUUAACAUGCUUGGUCUGGCCAAACGUGUCGGCGCCAGACUUCUCCUGGCUUCUACCUCAGAGGUUUAUGGAGAUCCAGAGGUACAUCCACAAAAUGAGGAGUAUUGGGGGCAUGUGAACCCUAUUGGUCCUCGAGCAUGCUACGAUGAGGGGAAACGUGUAGCAGAGACUAUGUGUUACGCCUACAUGAAACAGGAAGGAGUUGAGGUGAGAGUGGCAAGAAUCUUCAAUACCUUUGGCUCCCGAAUGCACAUGAACGAUGGACGUGUUGUCAGCAACUUCAUCCUGCAGGCUCUACAGGGAGAACCUCUCACUGUGUACGGUACUGGUUCCCAAACAAGAGCCUUUCAGUAUGUAAGCGAUCUGGUGAAUGGCCUGGUUUUGUUGAUGAACAGUAACAUCAGCAGUCCAGUCAAUCUGGGGAACCCAGAGGAACACACCAUAUUGGAGUUUGCUCGUCUCAUCAAAAGUCUUGUUGUGAGCCAGAGUCAGAUCCAGUUCCUUCCAGAGGCCCAAGAUGAUCCACAGAGGCGAAGACCUGACAUCCGAAAAGCCAAGAUGAUGCUCGGCUGGGAGCCGGUGGUGCCGCUGGAGGAAGGCUUGAAUAAAACUAUCCAGUACUUCAGCCGAGAACUUGAGCACCAGGCCAACAACCAGUACAUCCCCAAACCUAAAGCCGCCCGCAUGAAGAAAGGAAGGCCCCGACACAACUGAGGUUGGGUUUCCCACCACUGACUCUCCCACUACACAGAAGGAUGUUAAGACUCCUCAGAGGACCCUUGAAGAGCAACUCUCUUAAAUACACUGUUCAGUAGAGCACUCUGGGAUAUGGUGUCUUUUUUUUUUUUUUUUUUGAGAAGCAGAGACAACUUUUGAGUCUCUUAAAAAUUAUAGUUUUGCCUUGUGUUGGAGUUGCAGCUGCGCUGUGAGGUAAGGGUUUCCUUGCCAGAGCUUGCGUGUUGGAUGGACAAGCCUGGAUCAAAAACAGCAAUUUUAGACAAAAAAAUCUAAAACCCAGCCUACAUUUUUUGUGAAUUUGUGCUUUUGCUAUUUAAAUUGCAGACAAGAGAAUCUCGCAGUGCUUUGUGUUAUUCAGUUUCAUAGUGUUUUGUCUCUGGUUAUCUGCUACCUGGCUACCUGGAUGUUUUGUCCUCUUAUCAGUGGCAUGCCAGCACCUUGUUGGCUGCUGUACAGUGCAGGACUGGACAAAUCCUCUAGAAAGACUGUUACAGCAUCAGGACUUCAUCGUGCUCUGCUGUGUGAAAUCUCAUUUCAGGAUGUGCAUUAUACAUUUCAGGUGAAGAUGCUAUUUUAAUAAAAUAUUUCCAAUAUUUUGCGUAUGAUAUAAUUAGGGAAGAAGAUAUUAUUUGUGUGUGUGUGUGUGUGUGUGCGUGUGUGUGCGUGUGUGUGUGUGUGUGUGAGAGAGACAGACACAUUUCAACAGUUGUCUCGUGGAAGUGAAAAAGCAGGAGAUUCAGACAGUACAGAGCAACAUCUUUAUUUACAAUUGUGAUAAACGAGCCAAAACUGUUUCCAUUUUUAUAUCUAAUAUGUGGGGAUGGAGAACAAGAGUUGAGAAUAGGUUACACCGACAGGCGUAAUGAUCAAGACAGAGACACCAGAGCAGCUACAUGGCAGGUGUAAGACUGACAAACAAUCAUGCUGUGGUCUCUCAGAGAGAGGGCAGAGGACUGAAUUGCAUGAAGAAACAAACGCCUUUGACCAAUCACAGGGGCAGUGGCCUGUGAUUUUUUAUGACUGGAGUUAAUAGUAGUCGUAGUUGACAUUAGCUCCGUGUCUGUAGGAACUGGGGUCACGCGGGCCGAUGGGGGAAUUUUCAUCAUAGUGAUGCUGACGCCCUUGGUCACUGGAGCGUGCCUGGUCCAUCCAGUACGACAAGUCAGUCUCCAGCCUCUGGUGAUGGAAAAACACCACAGACGUGACUUGUUAGGAAACUCAGCCUCAACAAAUCUCAAGCUAAUGUACAUGGAGGCAGCUGAUAAGCUGCCCACUGAGACUGUCAGCAAGCACAGCUGUGGCAAAAAGAGAUGCAUGAAAGGCAAACAUUGAAAAGGCCAAUGCUUUGACAGCUUUGGCCUUUUAAGGACGCAGCAACAAAUAGCAUAAGUACAAGGUGUCAGGCAUGGGACCGUUUGAGAAAUACUGCUAUACUGGCUGAAACGCAAAUGCCGUCAGCUGUCAAAAAUAGGGGGGGUGGGAGGUUAGUUUUUGCAUUCUGCUUCUUGUUUUCUGCCCUUGUUAUCUGUUCCCUCCAUUCAUUACUGUCCCUGAUGAAUUCUACAUAACAGUCUGACUGACCUGAAUUAAAACUGACACUGGCUCUGUAAGUGAGAUUAUAUUAUUUUGCAAGAGAGGGAAUUUAUGUAUUGUAUUUACUCAGUUCCAUGUUUGUAUUUAUACAUUCAGACAGCAACAUUUUGAUGUGUGCCUUUCAAAGACUAUCUUUUAGACAUCAGACCAGACUACAGUUUACUCCACUUUUGUCACCCAACAUUUUUGUCGUAUACAUAUCUGAGAUAUAUAAAGAUCCAGACAACUCAA